AUGGCACUUGACCCAGUGAACAGUGAUUUACCAGUGCUUGCAAAGGUGAUCCCUUUAUCCAUGCCUCAGCAGAGCAAAGAAAACUUAACCAGGCAAGGAGGAAAGGCAAAUGAAAAAGAAAAAUGUACCAAGGCCAAGAACAAGGAGCAGAUCAUAAACUUAACCAAGGAAUAUAUGGAUUUUUUAAAGAAAAGAAUAGAAGUGCUGUUUCAGCAUCGACCACAGUACCUGAAUGAUGAAAAGGAAAGGAUCCUUACACAGCUGAAGGAGGAAGUAAACAUAUAUCAGCGGAUUUUUGAUGACAGAACUGAAGUUUUGUCAGCACAGCAGAAUAACAUCAAAGUAGCAAUAAUAGCUAUCCAAAACAUUCUUCAGCUACAUAGUGUAGUGUUCCUGAAGGAUACAAGUUCCAUCAUUCAGAGAGCCAAGCAAGUUUUACAAAUAAAGGAAGAAACAAAUUGUGUGGUUGACCUAAAGAAGCUUAAAACCACUUUACAUGAUAACAUCAUGGUAAAAGUGCAAAAGUUGCUUAAAAUAGGUAUACCAUCUCUUAUUCUAGAUGAAAACAGUGCUCACCCACGACUCAUACUCUCUGAUGGAAACAGAAGUUUAAGAUGGGGAGACAUAAAAUUAAAUCGUGCUGAUAAUCCUGAGAGGUUUGACAUUGAACCUGCUGUACUGAGCACUGAAGGAUUUGCGCAUGGAAGGCACAUAUGGGAGGUUGAGGUUGGAGAUGGCACUCGUUGGGCUAUUGGGGUUGCUAAUGAAAACCUCAGAAGAAAAGGAGGAUUUGAUCUCAUACCAGAGGAUGGGUGCUGGACUAUGAGAAGGUGGGAAAGUGACUAUUGUGCUGGGAAACAAUACCUCCAUCUCAAAGACUCACCAAAGAAAAUCUUUAUAUAUCUAGACUAUAAUGCAGGGGAUAUUACCAUCGAAAAUGCAGAAGAUGGAACCACUCUAUGCACAUUUAAACAUUCAUUUACUGAAAAGAUCUUUCCUUUCUUUUGGUCACUAGAUUCUAAUUCUGAAAUGAAAAUAACUUCCUUGUGAUAGCGGCAGAUUGAUGACAAAAUAUAUACACAUACUGUAUUUGCUAGAAAGAUGGAUAAAAUAAAUUAUCAUAUAUAUUACUUUAUGAUCAUUUUUUAAUGACAGUAUGCAAUACACAGCAGUGUAAAACAUAGUUGAUCAUAAGCAUUUUAUUUCUCAGCAAUACUGCUUUCAAAAGUAAAAAUAGAAUGUAGGCAUGCAAUUAAAUCAGUAGUCAUUAAAAUAAAUUAUACUUAAAACUUUUUUACGCAUACUAAUUACAUCAGGGUUUCCCCUCUAAAGCAGAACCCGUGAGAUAAAAAUAGACAGACAGGGAGACAGAAAGAUAGAUAGAUAGAUAGAUAGAUAGAUAGAUAGAUAGAUAGAUAGAUAGAUAGAUAGAUAGAUAGA